AUGAUGCAUCAUCCGAACAUGCAUCAUCAGCCGAUGUCUGGGCAUCCACCUCAGCACUUGCCGGCUCACCAGGGCAUGCCUACACAUCACCAAAUGCCACCGCAUCAAAUGCACAGGGAGAACAGGCACGUAACGCUAACUAGGGUACCACUUGGUCCUUCUGCAGCUGGUGGGAGUAUGGCUGGCCAUGGACAGAUGAGUGGCAUGGGUACUAUGCCAGUGCCUCCUCCGCACCACGCGCCGACCCAACGUCCGCCGCACGCGAUCCGCGCAAUGCACCAUGCCCCCACACAACACCACAAUCUUCCACCGCAACAGAAUCGCAACCUCCGACGUCCAUACACAAUGAACAGCGGGUAUGGGACUGUGCCACCAUAUGGACACCCACCACCACAUGCUCAUUCAGACCAUAAUUCUCACCAGUCAACUGUUAUAACAUCAAUGCCAACGAACACAAACGUAUCAAGCACAGAGCAGUCGCAAAAAGAAGACACCGUCGGAGGUAGCCUAAGUGGAGCAGAAAUGGAAAGCGACAAUGACCCAAAGACGGGCGCUGGCGAGGGUGAGGCGGCUCGCCAGACGCCCGCGCAGGCCAACAGUAAAGAGAAGACGCCUAUGUGCCUGGUCAAUGAACUGGCCAGGUACAAUAAGAUUAAACAUCAAUAUCGCCUCACAUCAGAGACUGGGCCCGCUCACAAGAAAGUAUUCACAGUGACACUUCGAUUGGGUGAUACUGAAGAAUAUACUGCUGAGGGGUCCUCAAUAAAAAGGGCGCAGCACGCGGCUGCCAGUGCGGCUUUGGGUGGAACCCGAUACCCGCCGCCCCCGCCUCGGGCCGCGCCCUCUCAUGCUGCACAUUCACAUCACCACAGACACGCAGGAGCCGUGAUGCCGACAGUUGAGCUGAAUGCGUUGGCAAUGAAGCUGUGCCAGCCUGCAGUGUACACACCAGUUCCAGUUCUGCCCGCCCCACGUGCUAGAGCGAGGCUACCUCCACCCUACCGCCUACCUUUCAUGCCUCCCUACCCACAUCCCCACCCCCCACGUCUUAUGGAUCCUUCGCCGCAAAUCCCCUACAGGGUUCGAGUGUGUGUGGGAGGGCGGGCAUGGCUGGGCGAGGGUACGACCCCCCAAGCAGCGCGACACGAUGCAGCUGCGCGUGCGCUUAACGAUCUACGUCCGCACCACGAAGCACCAUUGCCCGUCCAUCCGGAUACACCGGGUGAAAGCGAAGCAGAUUUGUUGAACUCUGAAGUGAAAUCCCCCGUGUCACUGGUGCACGAGUUGGCUCUCAAAAGGAAUCUCAAUGUUACGUUCUCCGUUAAGUCUGAGCGCGGCCCGCCUCAUAUGCGAGUCUUCAUUACCAUCUGCAAAGUAGGUGAAAUGGAAACGGAAGGCGAAGGCAACGGCAAGAAGGUGUCGAAGCGUCGCGCGGCGGAGCGCAUGUUGGACGAGAUGCGCCGGCGCUGGCCCGCUGCGGCGCUGCGCACCCGCCCCGCAGUCGACAAGAGACGGCAUCCGCCCGCUAAGAAGAAGCCAAGGAAUUUAAUAAAGGAGGGCACCGCGGGUGGCAACCCGGUAGAGAGUGGCGGUGGUGGUGGUGGUACUCCGGACAACCCGAUCUCUCGGCUGGCGGUGGCGCGGCACGCGGCGCGCGCACGGUCCCCGCAGUACCGGGUGCUGGAGGAGCGAGGUGCAGCUCGUCGACGGGAGUUCCUGGUGCAGUGUGAUGCUCCGCCGCAUAGUGCCACUGGUCUCGGCCCCAAUAAGAAGACGGCCAAACGACGAGCAGCGCAUAACGUACUUCUAGCGAUGGAAAUGGCAAACGGAGGAGACCCAACGUCGUUGAAUACUAACACAGAACCAACUACAAACGGAGACAUUAAAUCCAACAGUGAAGCCAAACGAAAGGAGAGCGAGAGCAGCAAUGAUAUGCGACAACCGGUGCCCGGUGUUCUCAUGGUGGAUUAUCAUGCUAGGACUGGUGGUCAAUCAGCUCAGCCAAAUGGAGUGAAUGUAAGCGAAAGCAGUGCGACGAGUGGUGGGGGUAAUUCUCCUGGUGCGAAGGAUCAGCUCAUGUAUCUAGCGCAGCUUCUGGGCUUCACAGUACAAUUCUCUGACUUCCCUAAGCGCAACCACGGUGAAUACUUAUCGUUGGUUUCUCUGUCGACGGAACCUCCGGUGAUGUGCCACGGCGGCGGAGCGUCGACGGCGCAUUCGCACGAGCAAUGCGCACGCGCCGCUCUACGAGCUCUGGCGCUCAUGGGCCUAGAUGCGCCAGCUGCGCAACUUCCAUCCAACGCCAGUAACUCAACAAUUCAGAGCCUGCCAGCCGGAACCAAGGGCAGCGUGAUCAGUAACGGCAUCGCCGAGUGA